CGCCUCCCCAGCCUUCUCUAUUCUCCCCCUCCCUCUCCGUCACGUCGCCCUCCCCUCUGACGAGCGGGCCCCGCCUGUCAUCCUCCCCUCCCCGCCGCCGCUCGCCGGACGGCAGGGCGCCGGGUGCCUCUUCACUUCCACCACCUCAGCCUCCGCCUCCGCCGCGGCCGCCGCCGAUCCGAGCCGGCCGAUCCGGUCCUCGCGCCGAUCGCCUCCUCCUCCUCGUCCUCCUAGGGUUUCGCCCCCCCCCCUCCUCGCUCCUCGCGGCUCCUCGGAGGCGGCCCUAGAGAUCCGAUCUCCCCGACGUCGGUGCUCGGUUCCCUCUUAGGAGAUUGGUAUCUCUCGAUUUAGCCCGAGGAAUUAGAGGCGUGUCCCAGCGAGGGAGCUAGCUCGCGGGGAGAAGGGGCCAUGGCCUCGAGCCUGCUCACAACGGACAGGAGGUGGGCUGCUCCUCCUGCAAGGAAAUCUGGCAUGACUGUUCUAGGAAGGGUCCCAAAACCCAUUAAUUUACCGAGUCAGAGGUUGGAAAACAAUGGUCUUGAUCCCAAUCUGGAAAUUGUUCCAAAGGGCACCCUCACAUGGGGCAGCAAACUGACACCUACAGCCCCAAAUGCAUGGGGUUCCUCGUCAAUUCUGUCAAUCAAGAUUGAUGGAAGUUCCAGUUCAUCCAGCCACCUCAAUGGCCGGCCUUCUUCUGGGGGAGGCUCAAGGCCAUCAACAGCUGGAAGUGAAUCCCUUGGUUCACCCAACGCUUGGGGUCCGAAUUCUCGGCCAUCUUCGGCAUCAGGCACAUUGCCAUCACCUCAUUUACCAAUAGCCACAAACCGUCCCCGAAGUGCGGAAACAAGACCAGGAAGUUCACAGCUUUCUCGAUUCGCCGAUAAUGCUUCAGAGAAUGUGAAAGCAUCAAUGAGGACUAUUGACAGAUUGGGAUCUUCAUCACAUGGGCAUGGGUUCACUCUAAGUACUGGUGAUUUCCCAACACUUGGCUCUGAAAAAUGCUCUGAAUUAAACAGUCAACGAGGCCAUAGUUCGAAAGGACGCCCGACUUCUAGUUCGGGUAAAGAGGCAUCGCAAAAUGAACAAGGGAAGAGUCUAACAGCUGGAUCUGUUGAGGUAAUUUCACCACCCAAUAAUCAGCCUGCGGAUAUCAUGAAGACAGAGCAGCAUGUACAUACUGGAGGUGCUUCUCUCUCCGCCACAAGUCUGCCAAAUGUAGGCCAGCAGCCACAGCCAUACCCUCCUAAUUUCCGUAUGCCUCCUCCACAGUUUGAUUCAUGGCGUCCAUCUCCUGGUCACCCACCUGAGGGAAUGUGGCAUAGAGGACCAGCAUCAGGUGGCCCAUACAGACCUGUAGGCCCCCCUGGCAGUUUCCCUGUCGAACCAUUUGGUUAUUAUGGUCAGUUCCCACCCAACUCUGAAGCAGCAGCAAGGCAGGGAUCAGGGCAUGGUGGAUAUCACCCUAAGAAUGGAGAUGCAUAUCAUCCUAUGCCUCCUAAUUCCUAUAUUAUGAACCAACCUGUUAUUCCAGUUAGACCAGUUUACCAGGGCCCAGUGCCUUAUGAUGGAUAUUAUGGUCCUCGAGCGAAUUUCAAUAAUGCCAAUGUGGGAGAUCCACAUUUCGUUGGAGGUCCUCAUCAACCAGGAAUAUUGAAUCAAUUCCCAAAUCUGAAUGACAAGUUCCACCCUGGACAUUCUCAGAACAGACCAGGCAAACACGAAUCUGUUCCUAGGGAGCAGCUGGAAUCUGAUAAAGUACAUGUGUUCCGUCGAGGACAGCCUAGGAUUUUGCAUGAUAACCCUGAUCGCAUAGGAGGUACCCAUGAAGUGGAAAGGAAUACUCAGCCAGCACCACCACUUCUUCCACAUCCUGAUGGAAACUGGACUGAUGUGAACAUGAGGACAGGUAUAAGGGAUACCUUUAGUGAAAGAAACAGGGUGCUUACAAAGUCAGUGACUGACCAGAGAAGUCCAGCUGCUACAGACCAUUUAUCUGUUCUUGGAAAUGCACACCCCAGGGAAACUGGUGAUGGCACUCUGCGCAAGAAAUUCAAGGAGGAUAAUUUAGUUACACUUGAUCAGCAACCUGUCAUUAAGAAGAAUGCAGCUUUAAUAGAGAAAAUUGAGAGUUUAAACAACAAAGCUAGAAAUGUUGAUGCACGCAAUGUCCCAGAAUCAGCUUCAUCCAAGGAAUUCAAGGAGAAACAUCAAAAAAGCAUUGAUUCAAAGGCAGAUCAAGUGAUGAAAGAUGUUUCAUCAACUGCUGUCAUUGCUGGUAUUGCUUCUGCUUCUGACCAGAAGGCUUCUGUUUCUCAAAUUUCUCCUGUGCUGCAGGGACAACCAAAUGUGCCUACUUAUGGCCCAGUUGUUGGACCGUCACAUUCACAGUUAACUGAACUCAGCAAAGGUGGAAAGAUUGGUGAUUCAAUUGAUGCUUGUGUGCAUAGGAGAGGUGAUUCUUCAAGAAACAGUCACCAUGGUUCUUCUAAAGACAGGUCAGAUAACAAGUUUGCAGGCCAUGGACGGGGAGAAAGUUACGCAACUGACUCUUUACCAGUAGUUGAUUUGAGGAAUAGUCAGCAUGAACAACCACCUGAGAGUGCUUCACAGUUGCCACCUGUGACAGUAACUGAUGAUAUGCCAGCUACACCUGAUUACGAGUCUCAGCGUGCAAAAAUGAGGGAGUUGGCUGCACAACGUGCAAAGAAGUUGCAAGCUGAGGAGGAGGAACGAAUAAAGAACCAAAAAGCAAAAGCUCUUGCGAAGUUGGAAGAACUGAACAGGCGUUCAUCAGUGCUUCAGAAGAAUCCAAAUGACACGACAGAAGAAACUGAUGAUGUGCAUAAUGAGCAAAAGGCUGGACUUGAUGUGACUGCUAAACUUGCCAAUUCAACUGCUGAACUACGUGAUGUUACUGCAUCCGAUAGUCUUACUGCUCUUCAGCCUCGUGAUCCCAAGCAUAUUGUUCCUGCACAGCCCCAGUCUGCUACACUAUCACAUACUGCAGAUGUUGGUAAAGAUCCUGCUGCUCAUGCCACCUCAUCUUCAGCCAGGAACGCACAGAGCAACAUGGAGCAUGUUGCACAGAAAAGUAUCUCACAAUCUCAUAGCAUCAGUGUUCCAAAGCCUAAACAGGGAUACAGAAAAAGGCAUGUUGUUUCAGAGGAGAAAAUCCCUGACGAGAAGCCAAUCGUUCCAGUAAGCCCUGCAAAUGCUAGGAAACAUGUUGACGCUUCUUUUGACACAGCAGUAGCUGUUGUUACACCACAUGGUGAUCCCCCAGCCCAAAACAAGAAGGGUGCCCGGCAUUCAAGAAAUAAGAAAAAGGUGGAUGAUGCUCCAGUUACUUUGAAAUAUGCACCGGUGGUGUUUAAUGAGCAGAAUGCAGUGAAAGUCUCUAGUGAGCCAAAGACACAAACUGGUGGUGUUAUUAUCAGUAGCUCAAUAGUUCCCACCGAAGGUACUAUUGUCACUGUGGGAAGUAUAACUGUGGGUGGAAUUUCACUAGCGCCUUUGAAUCAGGAGCGUGUGAAAUCACCAGAUGGAACACAGAAUUCAGAAAACAGUCGAUCAAGACCUCAGCAAGCAAGAAAAUCAGGAAAACAUCAGCCUGCUGUUCGGCCUGUUGAGAACCCACAUGGGAAUGAAGGCAUCGUGUGGGCACCAGUUAAUCCAUCAGGGCAUGAACAAUCAGACGGAGCCUUGCUGAACACAGCAGUAGCUGAACCUGCUCAACCAGCUGAGAAGAACUCCAAUGAUGGGGAGAAUGUUACAAGAACAAAGAGGGCUGAAAUGGAAAGAUAUGUACCUAAACCUCUGUCCAAAGAGCUUCAACAGCAGAAUCUGGGACAAAAUUUACAGUCAGAUAACAAGAGUCAUGGCAAGGAAGCAGUUGAGAAAUCCAGUAAUGCUAAAUUUGAUGCCGCAACCGAGCCCAAGAAAUCAGAGGACAAGAAAACUAGCAAGGGACAUGGGAAAUCUCAUCCUUCUUGGCGCAGAAGGAAUACAGAAGAAUCAGCUGUGGUGGUACCAAAUCCUGUUGAGCUAGCAUACAGCUCUCGUGAAUCAAAGGCUGUUCAGAAGUCCUCUGAUCAGAACAAGACACUGAAACCUGAUAAGCAAGAAGAUAAGCUCUUCAACUCCAAGGUUGCUGCUUCUGCUGAGAACAGUUCAGCUCCAGCUCAAGCAAUUCCAUUACCUGUCAGUGCUGCAAAAGAACAUAGUGCAACUAAUAGGCAAAGGCGGCAGCAUGUUAAGGCUCAAAGAAAUGAGGCAAGUAGCUACUCAAAUGAGAGCAAAGAUAGAGAAGGCAGGAAUGACUUCGUCUAUCAAUCAGCAACACCGGCCAUGGAUUCAAACUCAUCCGAUCACAGAAACAUGCCAAGAUCUGAUGUGAAGAACAGUGGGGUAGUUUCACAUUCUAAAGCGCAUUGGAAGCCAAAAUCCAACUUCCGUUCUCAUAGCAGCUCACAGGGCAAUAGUGAUGUUGAAGUGCAAAUGGAUUCCCAUGGAGGUAGGUUUGAGACGAACAGCUCCGAGGGGUUUGAUAGUACCACCCGUCAAGGCAGCAGUGAUGAAGCAACAAAAAGGAGCGGUGGCAUCGAUGAGAAGGAUGCUUUCAAAGAACAGGAGAACGUGCAGCAGGAAGAUGGUAACCAAAAGAGUGAGAGCCACGUUAGUGCAGAACAGCAGCAUGUUAAUCCUCCACUGCGCCACCAAGGCCACCACAACGGGAGAUACAACAGAGGAGGUGGUACACACAGGGGAAGGGGUUAUGAUGCUGGGAGGACAAGCCAUGGCACAAAUGCAGAAAGGCGGAGGGGUGGUACUCAUCUUGAGUACCAGCCAGUUGGAUCCUACAACAAACCCUCGGGCUUCCAGCAGAACCCAAGUGUUGACGAACGGACCGAGGUACCUCCCGCUUCAGGAUUAGAGUUCAGGGAGCGUGGCCACAACAGGGGGCCACGCCAUGGUCAUUUUGUCAAGCGAAACCCCACUUCAGAGCCAAACACUAAUUCUUACCAAGACGAAUAAUUUUCCAUCACUCCCACGACUGCUGAGCUGCAGGAACUCACUUUUGUCUGAUGUUUCACAACAGGUAGGUGAAUUUAUCUUUCUAGCCUGUACAGGGAGCAUGUCCAAUCUCAAUCCCCUCAUGGCUAACAUGUUCUGGGGCUAGCAGGUUGGACGCACUCAAGACGGCGGGUGUCCGUUGCCUACGGUGGUGGGUGGUAGGAUGUAAUGAUAAUGAUCUUUGUUCCCCAGGGCCGUUGGGCCCUCGCGUGUGAUUGUUUAUUGUUCUGAAGAACAUCCUUUGCUUCGGUGAGACGUGAUGUUAGAUUGUGUACUGACGGAGUUGGUUUUAAGACCUGGGUUUAAAUGCUGUUAGUAAUGUGCUAAUGGAAACAGCAGUGUUGUUUUUGCUCUA